UUCAAUAGUUUGAGGUCGGUUCACUAUAUUUGUUUGCCACUCUUUAAUUUAUUUACAUUCAUGUUAAUAGACGUCCUUAAUUUUCUGAAGGUACUGGAAAAUAGGAGCUCUCCUAAAAUUGAAAGUCUAAAAUUCAAGGUGAAGAAAGAUGAGAGAAACCCUUCUUCUGAAAGUCUGAAAUGGGAGCAAACAAACGAAAGGAGAGGGAAAACAUAUUGGGAAGUCUUUGUAGAACAGCGCAAAGGUUUGCUAAAAGAGGCAGGACAAUGGAUGAAGGAUACAUCAUCAUCUUGUAGCUUUGUAGCGACUCUCAUCACUACAGUAGCUUUUGCUGCAGCUUUUACUGUUCCUGGAGGCAAUGACAACAAUACAGGGCUUCCGAUCUUUUUGAAGAAGACCUCAUUCAUGGUAUUCGUGAUUGCGGACGCUCUAGCUCUCUUCUCCUCUAUCACUGCCACCUUGAUGUUCUUGGCUAUCCUAACUACACGCUAUAACCCAAAAGAUUUCCUCCGCUCACUACCAAGAAAAAUGAUAUUAGGCCUCACCUUUCUCUUUCUCUCUUUGGCCUUCAUGCUCGUGGCGUUUGGCUCUACUCUUAUGAUCGUCCUAAGCGAACGAUGGAAGUGGUUCAUCCAUAGAAAUUCUCUAUCUUGCAGAAGAUGGCCGCCCAAGUAG